AUGUAUCUACGAAGCACUACAGCAGCAGCCGGGCUACUAGCCUUCGUGGGAUUCGCGGAGUCGACGGUAGUUCACACGCAGAGCGGCGCGUUCGAGGGCGGCAAAUGCAGCUCGACCGACGUCAACUACUACUUCUCGAUCCCGUACGCCGAACCGCCUGUAGGGGAGCUACGGUUUGCGCCCCCGAAGCCAUACCACCGCAACUCUUCCUACCACGUGGUCACUAACGCCACGACACCCGCGCCAUCAUGCAUCCAGUUCUCGGAGGCAUUCGGUGAAUUGGGCACGAGUAGUGAAGAUUGCCUCUUCCUCAACGUCUGGGUACCGGCCUCCGCAGCUCCGCACUCCAAGCUCCCCGUCAAAGCCUGGCUCUACGGCGGGAGCAACGAAGGCGGCGGGGUAUCGGACCCUACCUACGACGGCUGCUUCUCGGCCCUGGACUCCGUCGUGGUCUCGAUUAACUACCGCCUGGGUCCUCUGGGCUUUCUGGCGCUGGAGGAUCUUGGGCUCACUGGCAACUAUGGGCUCAUGGACCAGUUACUGGGCCUCCAUUGGGUGCAAGAGAACAUUGCGAAGUUUGGUGGCGAUCCGGAGAAAGUCCUCCUCUUUGGACAAUCCGCCGGCGCUGCUGACGCUUUCGCGAUUGCCACAUUGCCGGAAUCACCGCGGUUGAUCCGUGCUGCUGCCUUGGAGUCUGGCGCCGGGAGAGACUUGGCGACGAUUGCGGACGCGAAAGUCUGGUAUUCGGAAUUCCUCAGUGCGAUGAAUUGCAGCACUCCUGAUUUAUCCUGUCUCCGCGCUGCCUCGCCACGGACGCUUCAAAUCGCCGCAUCGGCCAUGAAAGCCCCUGCGGUGGUAGCCGUCAACUCGGCUUUGGCCAACAACGGCUCGACAGUUGCUGCAAUGGCCACCAUUGUCACCGAGGUGUCUUACGAGUGUCCCGCGUACCGAGCACUGCGACGGGCAGAGGCGAAUGGCGUCCCGGUCUGGACUUAUAGGUUCGCGCACCAGCCUACGUGUGCAUGGUACUUCGGCAUCGAGCAGACGUGGCUGCCUGCGCUCGGGGCCACGCACACGAGCGAGAUCCCGUUUGUGUUCAACUUUACGAGCGGCAUGCCGCCGCCUAGUGGGAACUGUACUUUCACGGCUGCGGAACAGGCUCUGUCCCAUACGAUGAGCCGCGCGUGGACGGACAUGGCGGCGUUCGGAAGGCCCGCUGAGCAGAGUGUGUGGCCGAGCUGGACGUCUGUGGACAGUAAGGGUGUGGUAUUCGAGGAUGCGAUGAAUGCUGCGGUGGUGGACUACACCUCGUGUAGUUUCUGGGAUGAUGUUAAUGAGGAGCUUAAUGAAUAUUGGAGAACACGGUAA